AUGUCCGAACUUCUCGCUCUUUCUCCCUCCCCGUCCAAUCCCAUCACUCAGCCUCCCCCUAAUGCGCUUCCGAAUACCGCAACAAUGCAUGCGAAGCUCGUUAAAGCGGACUUUCACGGCUCCCUUGUGACCGUGAGACAGAGUAAGAAUCCUUGUCUCGUUGGCCUUUCGGGCCUUGUCAUCCACGAGACAGAAAAUGCGUUCAAGAUUGUCACCAGGAAAGAUCAGCUGAAGUUGAUCCCGAAGAAGAACUCUAUCUUCGUUUUCGCCGUUCCAUUGUACUCCACCUCGCCUCCAUCACUACCGCCGACACAAGUCACUGCUGCGAUGGCCGCCACUCCGGAAGACGCUGUUACCACUCCCUCGGAAGCAGUGCGGACAGUGCUUGAUCUUCCGCACAUCGAAUUUGAGCUUUACGGGACUCAGUUCUGCUUCCGUGCUGCUGAGCGCGUUGGCCGAAAGUUCAAGCAUAAGGAAACGAUCGAGCUCUGA